AUGAGGACACGCAGGGCACAGCAGAGCAGGCAGGAGCAGGAGACUUCCCAGAACCAGGAUCCUCUGGUGAUCUCCGUUAGCAACGAUGCCCGCUGGGAAUCCGGCCAGCAGGAAGCCGCCAACCCUGAGUUAUUUGAGCGCUCAUUGUUUCGUGUUUCUGCCACGGAGCUCCGCCACCGGGAGAGCCGGGACCCAGGUCCAGCAGAGAGCGCGAUGAGGGAUUGUGGAGGUCGGGCUGAUGAGGGAACGGAGGCGAGGGCAGGAACAGGAACAGGAGGAAUGGUGGAGACGGGGCACGGAGGUGAAGAGCUGGGAAAUGAAGGUUUAUGGGGGGGCUCGGAGGCUCCUGGAUGGCUGGCGUCAGCCCCGCGCUCCGGGGGCUGUGAGGUCCAGGGCAGCCACGCUAGUGCUCUCCAGAGACGGGGCUGUGGGGCUUGGCUUUGGGAAGGGCUGAGUGACUGCGUGGGAGUAGUAAAAGCAUCAGUGCACCCCCACAGCACUCCCUACUGUCCCCAGUGCCAGCAGGUGAUUAGAGACGCACAGAUAGAAUUAGAGGUGGGAUGGUGUCGCUGUGCCCCCCCGGGAUGUGGCUACAUCCACCACACCCCCCUGCCCCAGCAUGGCAAGACAUGUCAGUCUUUUAAUGACAUAGAAGAGGAUAAAAACAUCUUUGACUACUGCAGAGAAAAUAACAUCGACCAUAUCAGCAAGGCCAUCAACUCCCAGAAGGUGGAUGUCAAUACUAAAGACGAGGAGGGCCGCGCUCUCCUGCACUGGGCCUGUGACAGAGGGCACAAGGAGCUGGUGUCUGUUUUACUGCAGCACAAAGCAGACAUCAACAGUCAGGUACCUAUAGCCACGGGCUCCAGUUUGAAUCGUCACGAAUACCUGAAAACGCGUUCAGCCCUCCUGGUGCUGCAACUCAUGGUCUCUGAAGUGCUGCCCCUGAGAGUCAGAGAGACGCACAACAAUAGGAUCACUCUGAGCCGGGCCCAGCCGGAGAGGGCAGACGGGAAAGGAAAGAGAGGAGGGACGGAGAGGGGAAGGGGCUGA